AUGAUGAUCCACUGGAGCACGUCCGACUUGGGUUUCGGUUUGGGCUUGGUUCGAUUUAGGUGUGAGCAGAGUCCGGUGUGGAUGGAGAUCGACGUUGAUGGGUUGAUAACCGUCGAGGGUGACAAUAGUGGUUUAAAAAGUGGAUGGAGGUUGGUUAGUAACAAUACAUUUAUGGGUUUUAACGAAGCUCGAUUGGCAAGGAGGAGCGAUUGUGAGGUGAGGGAAGUCAAGCGGGGUUGGCCAACGACAUGA